AUGUCAGGAAAAACAAGAGAUUAUUUUGGGACUUUGAAAUCAGUAUCAAACUUGUGUUAUCAUAGGCUGGAAGAACAGUUUUGAAGGAUGAAAGUGCAGGUGCUUGUAUACAACCAAUUCAAAAUUAAGUAAUGUUAGACAGUUACGUAGGUCCCUGAAACUCCUCCUCAUAUAAAAAAAUAUAGAAAAUCUUAUAAGCAUUAAUUUGGCUGUUCAAUAGUAAGAAAGAGACUAAAUUUUAGUUACAUCCUGGAUUAGUUGAUGCUCCAAAACCAUAGGGGAAUUGGAUAUAUGGAAGAAAGACUGACUUGUCAGACAAGGCUGGCGACUUAUUUAGACAAUAGCCAUAAGGAAUAGGAGAAUUGAUCAAUGAAAUUAACGAAUAAAAAUAUGCAUCUCAUAUCAAAGAGCCAUUGGGUACAAUGCCAACUAGAAAUUAUAAUUGGCCUGAAGAAGCUAAGUCAGAUGGAUUUGCAUUCGGCCAGAAGAUUCCUCCUUCUGAAUAUUCAGCUAAAGAGGUUGUGUUUCCUCCAGAUGCGAAGAGAGAUGAGGAGAGAAUUAGAUUGAUGUAUUUGAAAAGUCAUGGGAAUUUUGAAGCAGGGGAAUAGAAAAAUAGAGAAUAUAAUUGGAAGAUCAAUCCUAAUGAUUAUAGAUUUGGCAAAAAGGAGGAGAGAGAAUAGGAAUAGAUGAAGAAAAUAUUAUAACAUGAACUCACUUAAAAUUAAUAUCCUAAGACUACUAUAAUCUCAAAGAAUCAAGAAGAUUGGAAGAAUUACAAUGAGGACCCUUUGGGAAAACCGAAGAAUCAAGCGUAAUUGAAUCCCAGAAUGCCAUAGAUAUUUGGGGAGAUGAAAAAGGAUGAAUAAUGGACAGCUGGAUAAUGCAUCAAUGGUUAGCCUACUUAAAAAGAAGUGUAGCCUGAUCUUGAUUUAGGUAAAGCCACAAAAUUUGGCUUUAGAAAUUAACCAAAACCAGGGGAUGAAACCAGAGCUUUUGGAGUACCUGCAAUCAGGAAUGACAUAAAUAAAAAAGGGAUUAAAUCAGUUGCAGAUCCCCAAAAUUAUGGUGAUGAAGUACCGGCUGUAGCUCUGUUGUUCCCUGAAAAAUUCUCACAUAUGGGAUUAACAGAACAAGAUUUCUUAAGAUUAAGAACAAAAAAAGAAAUUAAGGAAAUUUUUGAAUCAAUUGGGAUUAAAUAUGGGAUUGGAAAAUUUGAAGGCAUAUUUAAAAGGGCAAAGGAAAUUGUAAUUAAAUUUAUAAUUAUUUAAAGCAAAGUGCGUAAGAUGACAAAGUAUCUGUAAAAGCCUUUUAAUUGGCAGUAUAAGAGAUGCAUUAUAUUGAUUGA